AUGGACGAAGAAAUUCUUCUUUCAUUGUCUCAAAUCAAUAAAGAUGUUAGAAAGGAAAACAAAUCUGUCAGAAAUAGGCUUCAGAGCAUCCUUUUAGAUAAUAGGUUUUUACGAGAGCGAGUUCUUCCCCUUUUUCCUCAUUUUCCAAUAGUACCCAACGAAAGAUGUGGUUUGUGGUAUUGUGAACCUUCAAGUUUUAAACAAACGAGUUACUUUAAGAGCACAGAUGGUCAUGUCAAUCAAUGGGAUUUUAGCACCCGUAGACUGAACUUUCAUUUGUUAGAGGUUAUCCAAGAAAAUAAAGGUAUUAUAAUAGUUGAUAGUACGAGAAGGGGAAAAAAGAUCCCCGAUGCUUUAAGUAAAACUGUGCCAAUAUGGUGUGCGGUGUUAAAUACGAUAAUGCUACAGGAAACUGAAGAAAAUGUAGAUAUUGAUAAAGUUCUAUACGUUCCACCUGAAACAGUUCCCAAAUCAGAAUAUGAUAUGAUCAAAAGAAAGAUACCUGAAUUAGUCGACAAACUCCAAAAAUUGAAUGUUAUAGACUCCACGAUGUUGAACAAAUUGUUCAAGGGUAAGAUACUACGGCCUAUAUGGGUUCAUCCCGGCUCUUCACUACUAAACCAUUCUGUCGAUUAUUUCACAGGCGAAAUAGAAGAGCAGGAAACCUGGGAAACUCCUGAAGACCAAAACAUCAUACCUAUCAUCUUGUGUACAGUGAGCUACCAAGCACAAGAUGGUGUGGAUAAAAGAUACGGAUUUACCUAUGUUCAGGGUGCAGCUGAUGAUCAUGAGCUCUGGUCUUUCGGAUUAGAUUCCGAAAUGUUUUGGUCUCAUAUAGACUACUUGGGCGAUGCAAAUAAUUCAGAUGACCAGCUGUGUGGUUACAUCACAGAUCAGAUUGCUAAAAAACUGGAACAUCAACUUUCCAUACAAGAUAAAGGCGGCCUAGACGACAUUUUCGAAAACAUUGAUAAAAUUACGAACGAAAUAUCCUUAGGAAAGGUAAUCCAAGGCUUGACUAUCAACGAGAAGCUGGAAGAAGAAUUAAAGGUGCAGUAUGAAAAAGUGAUAAUUCUCAGCAAUUCGGUGGCCAUUGCUGCACAAACAGACAGUGUGGAAGAAGGCAGGACGGAUCCAUUUAUUUCAGUAUACAAAUUACAAAGUGGGGACAAGAAGAGUUCGAAAGCUUUACGAACCACUUUCCCGAUGAUUCAUCAAGAAGUGCAACCAGUCUUUGUAAAUCCGACGAUAGGAAUGAAGCCGAUACUCAUCUGUUGUAAUACGGGCACAGAUAUGUCAAUUGGUGUAAUUUUGAGUAUCCUUUGCUCCCAAUAUAACGAAGAAUGGAUCCUCACGUCGGAGUUGCCGGUAGUUAACAAGAUCAUAAUAAGGAAACACUUGACAAAACUGAUCUCUCAUUUACAUGGUCGUAACGUUAAUCCAUCCCGGGCUACACUAAACAGUGUCAACAGUUUCUUGAUGUAA